AAAGUAUGUCUCAUAAUGGGGGAGGCCCCUUGUGCGUCACUAGCCUUUAAAGCCCGGAGGUCCUCAGCUCACUCUCACUCUCACGCUCACUCUCGAACUGCGGAAACUUUUCUCAUUCUCCACGAACGGUCGGACUUCACACACAUCACCACCAUGCUGAGGAGUGACGUGUUCUCCUGUUUCGUGUUCUACGCUGUGCUUCUCAUUUUAAAGAUGUACUUUUUAGCGAUCCUGACAGGACAGCUCCGGCUCCGGAAAAAGGCUUUUGCGAACCCAGAAGACGCGGUGAGACAUGGUGGUCUUGAGUUCUUCAGAGAGGACCCAGACGUGGAGCGCUGCAGAAGAGCUCACCUCAACGACCUGGAAAACAUCCUCCCCUUCCUCUUCCUGGGUGCUGUCUACUCCCUGACCGGUCCGUCACUUCCUGUGGCGCGACUCCACUUCCUGGUCUUCCUGCUGUGCCGUGUGCUGCACAGUGCGGCCUACCUGUUGGCGUUGACCCCUCCCACCCGCUCUGUGGCGUACGUCCUGGGCCAGGUGCCUUGCGUGUCCAUGGCACUGCAGGUGCUGGUGGCCGUGGUCCCGUACGCCUGACGCACUCCGCUCCCCUCGUGAGGGCCGCUGGACGCUGACCCACUGGUCACCCUCUUCAGCGAGGACAGGGGCACCCGAGAUACAAGGAGAGAGAAUACACUACAAGACCAGGAUUAACAGUCAGACUGCAAUAUGUGGUGUGUGUGCUCACACCAACGGUCGAUCCUAUGAAGUGCUCACUGCUCAGUAUUGUGUUUUGGUCAUUUUGUUAACGUAAUAUUCAAGAUGUGAUACUGCCCGAGGGAUAUGUUGUUAAGUGAAGACAAAUCAUGUACUGUACAUUUAUUUUAUUUGAUAUGUUUUUGUAAUGCAAAUGAAGGUUGAGUUUUAUCGUGAAGCUUCUCUUCAUCAAUUAAAUGACCUCACAGAGUUAGGGAAAGAGAAUGCGCACGCACACACAGACACUGCUAGAGCACCAGAAUCCACUGUGUUCCCUUGGCCUCCACGCAGCAGACGUCCUGAUGGGGCCAUGCUGUCUUUGACGUCUGAUUUACAUUCACUAGAGGCCAGAUGCAUACGAGUGGACAGUCUGCUAGUGUCCUUAAACCAUCCGGCCCCAAGCCAACCUUGCUAACUGUAGCCGCUCGCUUACAAUCACGUUUGUUGAACAAAGCAGCCCAGAGGUUGAUGAGGUUUAUGGGUUCAUUCAUCUUUCCACUGCAUGGGUAGCACAACAUUAUUAUUUUAGAAUUUCUCAGAUAACUUAUUUUAAAGAAAGUAUGAAACUGCCGUUUUAUUUUUGUAGCACUGCCUCGCUCUGUAACUUUAACUCUGUAAAUUGAACAAACUGUCUCUAGAAAUGACAUUGUUAAUAUUGGACAUAAUAACAUACAAAGUGUAAAGGUGCAACCUGUCAUAUUAUUUGUUAAAAACAUUCAAAGAUUAACUACAAUUUUCCACAGAAUGUAAAGAAUGUACAGUUUUGACAUGAUGUCAAAGACCGCUAUGUAUUUUGCUGCAGAGAUAUUUACUGAAGGUAACCAGUGGCGCCCGUACUGUCUGGGGAUAUCACGUGUACCUCAAGAGGGGACUCACUGCAGCGUCCAGUCGGCCCUCAGGCCAACAUGAGAGGAUGAAGGAAGGGCUUAUCUGACAUCUGGUCAAUCAUGUCAAAAGUACCCUGAAAAAAAUAAUUCUGGCUCUAAAUUAGCGAAUCACUUGAAGGAGAACAGAUGACUGUUAACAGUAAGCUGUACUCUUUAUUCAGUCAAGUGAUGCGUUACAGGGGGCAGAGGAAAAGUGGGGAGGAGGAGGGACCAAAGAUAUUUGGAGGCACUGUGCAUUUCCUUGAAAUCCCAACUUGACAAAGACGCAGCCCCUAUUUUGUGGACUUAUCCGACAGUUGGCCAAAUCCUACACGUUGCACCAUUUUGCAUAGGACCUUGUUUUGAUUUACAAUGAUCAUAUUCAUUUAAUUAGUUUUACAUUUUAAAUAAUAAUAACAUUUUAGGAAAUUGAACUGAGCUUUCUCUUUACAGUUCAGUUGACAGUGGGUUUUGGGGGCAGAGAUGCCCCAUUGUGAUCACGUAUGGUGUGUGUGCGCAUGAAUGCAUGAGUGCGUGUUUGUGUGAUUGAGCCUACGUGCUUUCCUGCAUGCACAGGUCGGAUUAUCUGUGCGUGUUUGCAUAAGUGAGUGUGUGGAUUUGUUUGAGUGUGUUUCUGUGUGCAUGGGCCUUUGUUUCCAUGUGUGUGUGUGAGUGUGUUUAUAUGUGUGUGUGCAUGAGUCUGUGUUUCUGUGUGUGCGUGUGUGUGAGAGAUGAUUGGUGGGCUCACAGAGGGUCCAGCAUUCCUGGGCCUAUUAUGUAAGACCUGGCUUCACUGGUCCACUAAGCAGUCCAGGACUGAGUCAGUAUUGCUCAUAUCCUCUGCAGACCAGGGCAGUCUUCCCAGUCAUAUUAUCACGUUAGAAUCUGAAGCAAGAAUCUGUUAGAGGUGCUGUAGGUCAGAUGUAAGAGCUAUUAUUUGAGCGCAAUCUGUUCGAAAUGGCUGGUCCAUCAUUCAGCUUUUAGUGAUUGAAAUGUGCUUUGAGAAUAUCUGUUUCAAGUUAACUGCACCUGUCUUGUUUUGAGGAUAUUUAGAUUAUAGUCCUGGGUCAUUUCUAACCAAUCUUCCCUGGCAUCUCUUCCCUGAUUGGUUUGGAGAAUUCGUCUUGGCUGUUCAUCACAGGUGUGUGUAAUCAACACGGUGAUGGAGGAACAGGGAGGAGGCAGCAGAAAGAGAGUGGAUAUUUGAUUUGUUUUUUUUGUUUCAAAAUCCUUUUCUCCUUUUGUUUUGAUAACAUAUACUUUCACAAAACCCAGUGGUUAUACUAACAUUAUUUCUGUGAUUCUGUGUGUUUGUUAGUGAACCUGUGCGUGAGUCUUCAUUGUGAGAAUGUCCAGGCAUCCAACCAUACCAAACAAUCCUAUCUUUCCCAAAUUCUUCAACAGGAUAUUUCUUAAUACUGGUUCAGAAAAAAACUCACAGAAAUGUUUGUUUGGAGGCCCAAGUUAUGUAAAAGCAAAACAAAUCUGUCUUACCUUCUAAAGACAUAGCAGAAAAGGCUCCAUAUUUCUGAAGUCCACAAACUCAGAGCCAGAGAGCGUCAUUCCAGCAAUUUUAACACCUAACUGUUUUCUUUGCCGUGUUUAAACCUUCAUUCCACGAUUUCUUUGAAUUAUUUCUACCAAUGAUGUGACUAGACAUGAGAAUUAAGAGUGCAAUUGUUAAAGUGGGCCAACAGUGAAGAACCGUGAUAGAAUUAUGAGUUCCAUUUGUUUAUGAAUCCUUUACUGUUGGUAAAAGACACCACAUCCAAAUUGCAAUUGGUGGGAAUUUACUAUAACUGGUUUUGAAGCAGUUUGGGCAUGCCUUGUGUGUACACAUGUGCUCAUACACGUCUGUGUAAUGGCAUGCCCAUGUCCUUAGGGCAUGUCUAGAGCAAAAGGGACCCACUGGUUUCUCUCUCUGUUCCUUUGGUGGUGUGUAAGCCUACUCCUUUUUACUCCUAAACAGGGGACAGAUAAUGGGGGUAAGAAGUGAUUAGAACCCAACUACAGUCUUUAAGAUUAAACUAUUCAAAAUAAAUGUAAAAUGUAUAUUCAA